AUGUCUGAAGCAGGUGUUCGAGAGGCUGCUACGUAUACUGUUGCAGAUACACAUGGCUCAUCGUCCUUAUCUAGUGUGCAAGCUAGCUUUUCCGCGAAUGCUGUGAUGGAUCAUGGACAUUCAUCAACAAGUCUAUACCAGGAAGGAGGUUCGGCGAUCCCAGGAGUACCAGUUGACGCACCACUGACGGUCAAGCAACAUUUCCAACAGCAGCGAAAGCAACAGAAAAGACGUGCUCGAGAGAGUCGCAGAGAGGAGAAGAUUCAAUCUGGAGCGAAACAAGUAGCUACUCUUACUACGUCUUUGCAGUCUUCCGUCACCACCACACUGUCAGAGGCAAGCACGAGGAACGAUGUACAGCAACAGGUCCCAUAUUCAUCGAUUAUGUUACCGGAGUCAGCACUUCUGCCCUCGCAGCAGUUGCGACAAAAUACAGCUGGUGCUGAUGAUCUUUCCAACGACGUCGGUGGGAGGAUUGGUUCGAAGUUGCUUGGUGCUUUCAAGGCAGAGGACUACGACCGAAUGUAUGGGGCAGCAACAUCUGCUAUCGGCUCGAUUCCUUCAAGUGUCGGCCAUUUUCCUGUGCGGAGUACAGAAGAACCAUCUUUUGAAUCUUCGCUGAGAACUAAUGCUGCCGCAGAUUCGUAUGAGUCUCUUUUCCAAAUGGCUGAAGCAGAUUCUUCCGACCGAAAACCUUUCGAUAUUAUUGCUCGUAGCGAAGGAGUGAGGACGGAUUGCCCGGCAAAUAGUUAUGACCAUACCAUCAAUCAAACACCAAUAAUGCAAUUGAGCGAGAGCUCGCGGUUAGAGAACUGUGUUCCAGCAGAGUUGUCAAAUAUCUAUCCAUCUGUGGAUGGGCUGGACCUGCAAAGUGUACACGCCGACAAUGGAAUAGUUGAUAUGAAUGCCCCACUUGAUCAGAAUCACGUAGAUGCAGAUCCAAAUUCUUUUGAUCAAGGAGUGGAAAAACUUGAAACCGAGACGGACGAUCGAUUCCUCAACUGGCUUUACUGUGAAAAUGAACAUGCUGAAGACGACAACGCAGAAUACACAAGAGUGCUGGAAGAGAUCGAAAAGGACGAAUGUUAUCCUCUCAAAAUGGAAGGCGACAACCAGUUGCAAGAUUUCGGCUUUGCUGGUUGCCCUUCAUCAAGCGUUCAAACAGAAGGCGUACGAAAAGUCGAGCUGGACCCUUCGCAUCCUCUGGCUUCAGACUGUGUUGUUGGUGAAUACGCUUCACUUCCACCAACAAUGCCUCCACGUGAGCCUGUACCGGAGGGUUAUGCCAUGAACGAUUAUGAUUCUGAGCUGGAUCUUGAUAUGAUGCCUAUAGGUGAAGAUGAAGAAACAAUGUACGGACGACUACUAGAUGUACUUGUGCGCGAUAUAAAGUUGCUGACAUACAAUAAUGCUGCUCUUGUCGAUGAGGUUUCACGUCUGAACUAUGCCAUUAUCAUCGCAUCCGAGGAACGAAAAGUUUUGGCGAGAAGAUCUUGCCACCAUGAUAGAAAUCGAAUUCGGCGGCUUCAGACGGCAAAUAAACGUAAAUCGGACGCUCAGCGACGCCAGCAAGAACAGGUGACCCUCGCAGAGACGCAGGAGAACAUUGCCCAAAUCAAGGCCAAAAUGGCAAAGACCAUCAUGAGCCCUCAAAAGGCAAAGCCGACCCUAUCAUCUUCAAAUACACGUCCUACAUUGGAUGUCGCAGCGAUUAAACGGAGUGUAGAGGCUGAGCAACGUUCACUCGAGGAUAAAUUGUCAUUGUCGAAGAAAUCAAGACGAAAGAUUGGAACAUCAAGAACACAGCGUAAACGUCCAGACUCGCAGCGUUCAGACAAGGGAUCUUCCCUGCAAAACGCGAACGGAGGAGCAGCAAAACGUGUACGAGCUGACUCUGAACGACCCGAGGCCAACGAUGAUGUGCUGGAAGAAAGCAGUGCACCAGCAAUAGAUCACAUACACCUUUCGCGUAAAGCAGCACGAUCCGCUAGUUUUACUGGCGAAUCUUCAGACGAGCAAAGCCAUCGACGGCGCAGUGCUCGUCAAGUCUCUUCUCAAGAUUGCACAACAGCAGCCAAUGAUUGCUUGUCUAGUGCUGCUGAUCUCCAAGAGCCAUCUUCCGCAAACUCAUUAAACGAUCAGCCUACGAACGAAGCUCCUGGUAAUACUGUAGAGGUAGUAGUGUCUCCCGAACAAGGCGCUGCACAAUGUACGGAAGCUGGAAAGGACGACGAAUCCCAAUCAUGGCGUCGCCGAUCAGGACGACCUCCUGCUCGUGCAGCCAGUGCAGCUGCACAAACCCUCUUGGCCGCUGAAUUGGCGGCCACUGAGGAAGUCCCCUCGUAUUUACCAAGAAGACCGAACAGAUCGCGUUCUAGUACAAAUGAAUCGCCCACCGCUCGUUUACAAAGGUCGAAACGUUCUACUGCAUCUUUGAAUCCACCAAUCGAACAGAACAUGGAUGAGUUAGCGUCGCAUCCAAUCGAAAAGGAACUAGCUGUUGAAAUCGACGGAGACGUAAUGAAUGGAAGUGGCUCUUCCAAUAUGUGUGAUUUGGAAUUAGACCAGAAAUACGAUACCGCUGAUGAAGAACUGCCGUUAGGCGACAUGUUAGAAUGUGAAGACUCAACUGGCUCAAGAAGUUCGUUGCGUUUGCGUCCAAAUAGAAGGUCUACAAGAACUUCUUCACGGCAAAGCUUUGGCGAUGGUCUCGAUGGGACAGAGACUCCACGUCGAAUAUCGCGUUCACCCUCACACGAUGAUCUAAUGCCAGGCGAAGAACCUGUUUCCAGGUCGACAAGAUCUCAUGGACGAGCUGGUGGUUCAACAUCGACGCAGAGUGAGCGUCAAAUGAGAGAACGAAAGCAGCCUGUGUUGUAUUCACCAGUCGCCAAAAGUUCUACUGUGUCACAGCCUCGAACCGUAAAGAGGAAAUCUUAG